CGAGUGGCUCCGCGAGGACACCGAAGACAUGAGCGAGCGGUUUGGAAGCGGAUCCGCUUACGCUUGAGUUCGAGGGGAGUUUAGCGACAGACUUUUAUAGAACUUCAAGCAGUUCCGCUUCUCGAGAGAAGAGCGUCUCCUCAGGAUCGCAUCUGAACUUCAAACUGUGGAAUCAUGGCAUCUCACGUGCCCCCCCUGACCAGCCGAGCCACUGGACCCGCUCGUCGGAACCUCUUUGGACCGGUGGACAGUCAGCAGCUGCAGGUGGAGUACAGAGCUGCCAUUCGUCAAGACAUAGAGGAGGCCUCCCGGCGCUGGGGCUACGACUUCGUCUCAGACAAGCCUCUGGAGAGCAGCCAGUUCCAGUGGGAAGGCGUCCCGGGCACCAAGGUGCCGGAGAUCUACCGGCCCUGCAUGCUGGGCACCGCGAGGGCGGCGGGCGCUGCGGGCCACCAUAAGGCAGGAAGGGCGGCAGCUCUGAGGGAGAAGGAGAACAUUCCCGAAAACACUGACAACCAUGUGAGUAACUUGAAGAUUGGAGAGUGGACACCAAAGAGGGAGAAUCAUUCCGGGUUGAAGAGGAAGCAGACCAAUAUUACAGACUUCUACCAGGCGAAAAGGAGAAUGGUGAUGAUGCCACGCAAAUCCGGCGAGUAGGUAUCGCCACCAAGUGGGACCUGACACUCAGGAAUGAUCUGCACAGACUCACCAAGGUCACGCUGGAAACUCAAGGAACCAGAGUGGCAAGUCUUUUAUACACCGGGCUAAGUAGGGUACUGUUGGGGGAAUAGGGGGACUUGAGCAGAGACCACUCUGAUCUCGCUGUCGACACGAAAGAAGGGUCUUGACUGAGAUUUCGUUUUACACACAGCUGAAUACUAUGUCAGAAAACUGCCGAAUCCAUACGAGCACAAUACUGUUCACACUUGAAAGAGAAAACCUCUUGAACCAGGCUCAUCUGUGAUGAAGGAUCUUUGGACAGGAUCCACUGGUGUUUUUAUACAAUGUUUUUUAUAUCUGGGAGCGGAAUCACGCUGAAGGUGGGCCUUUUUUUUUUAUUACCAGCACUUCCUGUACAAAGUGUUUUCUGUUGUAAGUAUCCUUAAGUACCACCAUCCUCAGUACUGACAGGGAAAUGCUUGAAAUGUUGUGAUAUCAUGUACUUGCAGUUGCUUUGCUUCGAUUUAGACGCAGAAGUGCCAUCAUGUCCUUCACCUUCCUCCUCACCCACUUGCAUUCUCACCCAUUUAAAAUGUUCCUCAGUGUCCAGUCCGGACGCUGGCGUGUAUCCAGCAGCAAGUAUUUUAGACUAGAACACUAAGAGUUUUAUUUAGAUAUAUAUAUAUAUAUAUAUACUGUAUAUAUUUAUCAGAGAAGUAUCUAUUAAGCUUAAUAAAGCACCUCUACGUAGCAUAAUCCAAACUUGUUUGUAUUGCACAUUCAGCAGGCAGCGCUGCUUGCUUGUUUUAACAGACCCACAACAGACAAUCAGAAGACAGUGUCGCGGAGCAUUGCGCUUGUUGAACCAGAGGGAAGUGCUUUAUGUCAUGGUGCAAUUCAACCAUCAUAGCUGCCUCACAUCCACGUGUAUCUCUCCUUAUUUAUGUUGGCAAUCCUGCUGCUAAGUGUAAUACGAGAGGAUCAGGCCACUUGCAGGAAACUUUAAGACCUGUCAGCCCUGAGAUGUUCGCCAUUCCAAGAGCCUUGCCCCAAAUGAUGAAUGCACUUCGCUUUUAUUUACACGCUUAUGCACAGGUCCUACAUAACUGUUUUGUUUUGAGAGCUACGAAUGAGAGAUCUAUCUUUAUUUAUUGUUUGUCCUUUUCCUUGUUUUUAAUGUA